CAAAAUAUUGAGUAAGCAGAUGUUCAAGAGAGUGAGGCAGCUGAUGUGACUACCAAUGGGGAAAGCAAGUUGCAACCACUGCGCUAGAUGAGAGCGCAGGCAGGACAUCCGAACUUCUCAACUUGCCUUGACAAGGAAACAGAAUACAUGGACCAAGAGGAAGGAAGGAACGACACAAACUGUCUUUUAGCUUGCUUCACCAACAUGACAUAACCAACAAAUACACAUUUGUGGUGAAUUGUGCUACCUAGUUAGCUAGCUGGCUAACUUUCUAGCUAACUAAUUCAUUGCCACAUUACAAGCUAGCUAGGCUAGCCAGAUUCGUUUACGAUCAUUAACGCACACACGGCAGCUAGCUGAUGUUACUGUCUGAAAAGGCUGGGACGUCAACAUCACACGGGAAAACGUGGGGUGUUUACUAACAUUUCGCUCGCUCAGUUACGAAUUUUGUUGUUAAUAACUAGAUGAAAUAGCUAGCUACAUACCAGACGCUAGCUAGUCCUGACAGCUAUCGUUAGCUAGCUACGUAUUCCAUGACAUUAGUUUUGUUUGUAAACGUUCGCCUGGUUACAUACUGUUGGUUGUGACAGUGCCAAAUAAAUAAAUGUAUUAUUGAGAGAAUCAUGGCUAAAAUAGGGAAUGGUCGCCAGUCGGCCGACUCGAGAAGUAUUAGGACCAUUAGUAGCAGUCAUAUGGACGACGAGAGCUCCCUUGGCUCAGACUCCGAGAUGAACGGCUUUACCAACGACAGGCACACUGAUAAAUAUGGAUUUAUUGGAGGGGCGCAACAGUAUUCAGAAGAAUCGGCUCAGGAUGUCCCUCCAGAGGUGCUGAGGCAGCGAGAGGUCAAGUGGCUAGACAUGCUGAGCAACUGGGACAAAUGGAUGGUCAAGAGACACAAAAAGGUGAGACUGCGGUGCCAGAAAGGAAUCCCUCCCUCACUGCGAGGCCGUGCUUGGCUCUACCUGUCAGGAGGAAAAGUGAAGAGGGAACAGAACCGGGGGAAGUUCGAGGAGCUGGACAGUCAGGCUGGAGACCCAAAAGAGCUGGAUGUGAUUGAGAAAGACCUGCACAGACAGUUCCCCUUCCAUGAGAUGUUUGUAUCACGAGGGGGCCACGGACAGAAGGACCUGUUCCGUGUUCUGAAGGCCUACACGCUGUACAGGCCAGAGGAAGGCUACUGUCAAGCCCAGGCCCCCAUUGCUGCUGUGCUGCUCAUGCACAUGCCUGCUGAGGAUGCAUUCUGGGGGCUGGUCCAAAUUUGUGAGAAGUACCUCCCUGGAUACUACAGUGCAGGGCUGGAGGCCAUCCAGUUAGAUGGAGAGAUCCUGUAUGCUUUGAUGCGGCGUGUCUCCCCCAUAACCUACCGCCACCUGGAGAAACAUAAAAUAGAGCCCAUUCUCUACAUGACAGAGUGGUUCAUGUGUGCCUUCUCCCGCACCCUGCCCUGGGCCUCAGUUCUCCGUGUCUGGGACAUGUUCCUCUGUGACGGUGUAAAGAUAAUUUUCCGGGUGGGCCUGGUGCUGCUGAAGUGCAUGCUGGGUACCCGUGAGAAGCUGAAUGCGUGUCAGGGCCAGUAUGAGACCAUGGAGCUGCUGAGGGCCAUAGAGCCACGCUACAUGCAGGAGGGCUUCCUCGUCCGGGAGGUUCUGGAUGUGCCCAUCUCAGAGCGGGACGUUGAGAGCGAGCACCAUGUUCAGCUGAAGCGCUGGAGGAAGAACCGCGGUGAGCUGCACUGGAAGUCUCCUCCCAGAAUGCACGGUGCCAGGGCUAUCAUGGCCUCGGAGCCUCCCAGUCGCCAGGACCUUCGUCAGAACCCCACCAUCAUCGUCGAGUCGCCCCUGCCUGCCCCUCAGCUGCAGAAGGGAGAGAAGAAGGGCAAAGAGGAGAAGAAGAGCAUUAAGAAAGGAAGUAUGAAGAAAACCCCUCCUCCUGUCACGGAGAUCCCCAACCCUUAUAAUUUACCUGGUGACCCUAAGCUUCCACUCAGAGAUCCUCAGCUUCCACUCAGAUAUCCUCUGCCUCAGCUUCCACUCAGAGAUCCUCAGCCUACUCUGAGAGACUCACCAGUACAGAAGCUCCUCGUCAAUGACACACACCUCCCAAACACACCUAAAGACUCUCACCUACCCCAACAACCAGCCCUUAAUGACCAACCAGCCCUCAACGACCAACCAGUCUUUAACGACCAGUCUCUUCUCAAAGAGUCGCCCCUCCAGAUGUCCAGACAGAGCCUGAGUAGCACAGAGGCAGAUCAUCAGGACACAUACCUGUAGCUCUCGCUGUAGGCAGAAGGUGGAACUGCAUGUGUGAAACUGGGCCUGAUGGUGAGUGAGAGAAGAACUGGAACAACCCCUGUUUUAUCCUGGACAGUUCUCAUUCACUCGCUCACUCACUCUCAGGCCCUCUGCAUGCCAACCAAGCCCUCUGUCUCUUUAUCAGGCACUAGCACAGCUCAGCCAUAUACCAGCAACUGGGUGUACCAUGG